AUGGAUAACAUAUACUCAAAAUAUAUCAUCCCAAUUUAACCAGAGAAAAAAUAAAGUUCAUCUCCUAAUUCAUAAGUAGGAUUUAAUAACAUUCAAGUAUAUUGAAUUUAGAUUAUAGUAAUUAUUAGAAGAUUAUAGUCCUUCAAAUAGAAAACUUAGCUUUUCUGAAUAUAAAAGUCAAGAACUUAAAGAAUCAUAAUAAUUGUCAAGUCAAAAUAAAUUAAGUCAAGAUUUCCAAAGUGAGUUUGCCAAUUCUCAAGUAUGAAUUAUAUAUUUUAUCUUAAUAAUAGAUUAAAAAAGAUUAAAUUAGUAUUGAUAUGAAUAAAAAAGAGUAAUAAGAAUUUUAAUUUUUGAAAGAUGAUUAACUUCUUUAAACUAAUACUAUUAUUGAAUCACCAACAAAGAUUAAUGGAGAUGAUUCUCCAAAAAAAAAUAAAUUUAAAGCUUUUGGGAAUUUACUUUUAAGUAUUAGAAGAAUGUAAUAAAACAUUGUUGAACAUAUAUCAAACCUAGUAUAUUUAUUAAAUAGAUUAAUUAGGAUUAAUUAAAAGAAACAAUGAUCUAACCAUCUACUAAUAUGAAUGUUUCUAAAAUACAUCCAGAACCAUCAUCAAGGGAUUAUGAAAAUGUUAAUGAUAUCUUAUCAAAUUUAAAAUUAGUAGAUAGAUUCAUUUAUUAUUCUGAAUAAGGAUCAUAAAAGGAUAUUCAAAAUAUGAUUAAAUUAUUAAAAAUGUAUCCAAAAAAGUAAAUUAAUUUUAUAAUAUAUAUUUUAGACAUUUAUAUUGUCCUACUGAUCCAAAACAUAUAUUGAAUUCUUUCAACAAAUUUGGAUAAAAUUCUUUAUACAUAUCUUGUAAAAAUGGAAAUCUUGAAGUUAUUAAAUUUUUAUUAGAUUAAUAAGCAAAUCCUUUUAUAAAAAGUAAAGUUUAUGAAAACUUUUAUGAAUCUCCUUUAGAAGUCUCAAUUAGAUGGAAUCAUUAUCAUUGUGUUUAAUUGUUACUAGAAAAAUCUAAUUAUUCAAACAAAGAAUUAAAAGCAGCCAUUCGAUAAACUACAAAUCCUCAAAUAAAAUAACUCAUUAAAUCAAAUCUCAAAGCAGAUACUCUUUGCUGUUUUUGA